AUGUUACAGCAGUCGACCAGGACAUGCGCUGCUCGCUCAGAUGAUGCUGUUGAUAACAACGCCGCUAUGACACCAGAUGGCUCAGGCGAUGGGCCUUCAAUCGUCAGCCCCGAGCUGACCAGCCGCGAAAUUGGCCCUUAUGUUCUGCGGACAUUAUUAGAUGAGGUACCGCUCUCUGCAGACGGUUCCCAGGACGACAUCAAGAUCAACUGUGUAGAAUACUUAGAUGCGAACCUCUAUGUUGGCACAUCCGCCUCGGAGCUCCUUCACUUUGUUCAGAUACCCCCCGACCCGAACGACCGAUCCGGCCAGCCCGUCUACAUACUUGCUUCCCGACUAUGUCCUCAAUAUGUUGAAACACCAGGAACUCCGAAUUCGCGACCAGGUGUACAGCAAAUCUUGCUACUACCUCGCGUUGGAAAAGCAUGUAUUCUGUGCAACUGGACUGUCACGUUCUAUUCUCUACCAGAGCUCAGCCCUGUGUUUGGCACGACGCUGGUCAAGAAUUGUAGCUGGAUAGGCGGCAUUGAUCUUAACGAGCCCUCUCUUGACGAUGGUGGUGCAGACAGAACCGGAGGUGUCACUAUUCUCCUCUCUCUUAUGCGAAAGAUCCAGGCCGUUCGUGUUGGGGAAGAUGCUCGCGUUACAAAGAAAAUCGACUUCUCUGGAAGCACGCUAUCAGUGCGCAGAGACUCAAUUGCAUGCGUGGCGGACUCUAAAUCAUAUGCGCUUAUCGAUGUAGAGCAACAACUCAAGAUUCCGUUGAUGAGCAUCUCAUCUUUGGAAGAGACAACGUCACCUAGUGAAAUCGGACACGCUCAGAGUAUUGGGACAGAUACAUCAACUGGACUCCUUCGAAGCUCUUCUUCAACUGGAAACCGCCCAUCUAUCGAGGCCCCAAGCCAUAGUCGAAGUACUAGCUUGGGAGGUUCAAUAUUAGACAGUAUUCGACGACAAGACCGUGGCAAUGAAAGCGAUGACUUCCUAGGUCGUACUUCUUCACCGCAGCUGUCCUCAAGCCCGAGACCAUCCAUGGAGAGAGCCUCAACUCCAAACUCGUCACUAGAUAAACCUUUACCGGCUGCGCCUUCACCCUCUGGUACCCCUUCGCAAACAGCGAACCCUCGGCCCAAGCCCAGCCGAGCUUUUUUGAAACCCCAUAUCACUUCUCCGACCCCUGACGAAUUCUUGUUAGUUACUGGAACAGAUCCUCUAGAACCAGGAAUUGGCAUGUUUGUCAAUCUCGACGGAGAUCCUACACGGCCUACGCUUGAGUUUACCAGAUACCCUCGGGAGGUUGUUGUAGAUAGCCCUCCUUCAGACUCUAACUCAUCACAACCGUCGCCGAUGCAGGAAGAAGAAGGAUACGUUUUGGCCUCGAUGACGAAAGAAGUCAAUGGCAGCUUGAAGCAUGGUCUAGAGAUUCAACGUUUCGACGCUGGCUCAGAUGUAAACCCACAAAAGUACUGGCUGACAGCCAAAGAAGUUGGUCAGGAUGGUGUUUAUGGAAUCCGCUCACUCACUGGUACUGAAGAAACACGCUUUGAAGAGAUUGUUCAGAAACUUUCUCAAAGACGAUACACGCCCUUCUCUGUUUCCGUCACCCCGGGAACACCUGAUCCAUCGUCAGCCAAGGCAUCGGAUUCAAGAACUGCUUCAUCUAUAGAGCAACUUUCGAAAGAGAAGGAGCUUUUUGACAGGAACAUUGACUCCCAAGAUGAAGAGUCACUCCCAGAAGAAUGGGAGGCAAAUCGCAACGCGGAGGGAGAAGAAUUUGCUCGCCAACUCGCCAAAGCACAUGCCAAUCUAGCAGUGUGGAGUGGGAGUCACAUAUGGUGGGCCAUCCGUAAUCCUCUCCUUAUACAACUCGACGCUACUUUAGAGGCAGCCUGCAUAGGGGAUGUUUUCAACCCUGCUGAACUGGACAGACAAGCGAUAUUUACCACUAUCAACUCGAUCAGAGGCCGAGAGCCGCAAACCGAGUUGGAGUUUAUGACUUAUGGUUAUAUACGACAAAAAGCAGGCAUUUUGCUCUUGACGAAUUUAUUGAAGUCGCCAGAAGAUAAGCAAUUUACCGAACAAGAAGUGAAAGCGCUUGAGGAAGUUUUAGUCGAGAGUGGCCUUGAUCCAAGAGUAGUACUUUCUUUGAUACCAAGCGUUCGGAACGAAACCAUCGAAGGCUCGCGUGGUAUAUGGAUCUAUGGUGGCGUGAGAAGAACCGCCGAUGCCUAUCUUCGAAGCAGGGAGUUCCAGAUGACUUCAAAGGACGGCAUUGGCACACUGGAACCGAGAACGAUGCAUUUUCUUCGAAGGUUUCUCGGUACCUGGCGGAAGAGGAAAGGAUUUGGCAGUGUUGCUGAUGAGCGGGAGGUGUUCCACACUGUCGACGCUGCUCUGCUCUUGGUUCUUCUCGAGAUCGACCAGCACUCGCCGAAAGGAUUGGGCAAAGGAGGCGUCGUGCGCUCGGAGCUAUAUGAAAUCGUGGACAAGGGUGUCGAUUGCUUCGAUCGCGCAGUCAGCCUACUGGAAACCUACCAUCGUCUCUUCGUACUAAGUCGAUUGUACCAGAGCCGAAAGCUGGCAGGCGAUGUACUGGCUACUUGGAAGCGGAUUAUCGAGGGCGAGCAAGACGUUGGCCAGGAACUUCGCGAAGGCGAGCAGCGUGUUCGUGAGUACCUGACGAAGAUUAGUAGCCAGGCUCUUGUCCAAGAAUACGGAGUCUGGUUGGCGAAUCGCAACCCGAAACUCGGUGUCGAAGUCUUUGCAGAAGACAAGGGACGAGCGCCCAAGUUCGAGCCUGCACAAGCCGUUGCAAUCUUGCGAAAAGAGGCGCCGGAUGCCGUCAAAUAUUACCUCGAGCACUUGGUGUUCGGCAAGGGACACACCACUUACAUAAACGAUCUGAUGGCAUAUUACCUGGAUGUAGUUGUGCAUGAUCUUGAGUCUUCUGAAGAGAGUCGAGCCAUAGUCAGGUCAACCUAUGAAGCAUAUCGAGCACUGCAAGCUCCGAAGCCUGCAUACAGCCAUUUUCUUCGGGAUAACGCCCCACCCGAAAAUGAAGUCUGGCACAGCCGUCUUAGGCUGCUUCAACUGCUAGGAGAAGCAAAUGAUUACGAUGCUGCAGCAAUCAGAGAUCGAGUGUCUAGUCUGCCAGAUGACCUCCUGGUGCCUGAAACUAUCAUUCUCGCUGGGCGGGAGCGCAAACACAACGACGCCCUUCGUCUCCUUAUACACAACUUGGGCGACUACGACACCGCCGUCUCGUAUUGUCUCCGAGGCGGCGCUGGUACGACAGGAGCUGCUCCAUCUGAGCGACCCUCUUUCGAGGAGCAGCGCCAGUUGUUUAACGUUGUCUUUCAAGAGUUUCUCACCAUCGAAGAUAUCAGUGACCGCAUCGAACAGACUGGCGCGCUACUCGAGCGUUUCGGCGGUUGGUUCGAGAUCGACGACGUGCUAGGCCGUAUCCCUGACGACUGGUCUGUUGAUAUCGUCGCAGGGUUCCUUGUCGGGGCACUCAAACGUCUUGUUGGCGAGAAGCACGAAGCUAUGCUGACACGGGCGCUCAGUGGAGCGCAGAACUUGCGCGUGACUUAUGAUCUGGUUGUUAAGGUAGAAGAGAAGGGGCCGAGCAUCGAAGCCCCGAAUUAA